AUGGAAAAAGAAUUGGCUCACAAAUUGGAUGUGAUUCUUAAGAAACUAAGUGAUGAUGUUCUAAAAAUAGAGCAAGACAAAUUAUAACAUGUGUUUCAUUCUGUUCAUACUAUAUCUUGGAUAGUGAUCUAAUCAAUAGUACCUUACAUUAGAGAGGAGUUCAGAGGUUAAACUAUAAAAGUGUUUUAAUUGAUUACCCAAUUGAUCAAGUGUCUCAAAGACAAUGAUUUUGAUGAAGUGACCAGAAAACUAUUUCAAUAACGAGCCUAAAGAAGAAGAUCUUUAAGGUUGAUCAAUUGUUCACUUUGUGAUCAGUAUCGUAAGAUGCCAUCCAAGUAAGAUCCUAAAUAAGCACACUACAAGAAGUACUUGGAUUAAUUGAAAAGAGAUGGAGUUGAAUUGAAUUCUAAAAUGGAACAUGUAUCACUGGAAAGAAAGAUUAGAAAAUUAUCAGAUGAUGACGAAUAAUUUGUAUAUAAGACAUCGAAAGCAUGUUAAGUUGAGUUGGAGGAAUUGUUACUCAAUUAAAAUACCAAUGAAAUCACAAUAAGUAAACCAGAAACUUUUGAUGCCGAAGCUUAAACUGAUUCUCUUCCAUCUAAAUUCUCACUGUAAGCCAUAUCAGAAUUGCGCAAUCAUUUUGUCAAUUAUUUUUAUUUGCAUUCUCAAUAUGAUAAUGUAAAAUCAAUUAUUGAAGAAGGAAUUAAGGCAUGUUAAAAAUAAACAGAAAUAUUCUCAGAUGUGAAUCAAGAUACUCCUGCCUUAAAAGUUAAAUAUUUUGCCUAAUAAUCUUUGUAACAUGUGACUUAGGUUCUAUAACAAAAAAUAACACAGAUUGAAGCAACUAAGGAAUUUAAAUCGAAGGAAUUGAAAGAGAAUCUUCCUCCUUUGGGUGAUAUCAUUAAAUAAGUGUAAUUGUAGGAACACAAGAGAAAGGCAAUCGAGGCAGGGAUUAUUGAAUAUGAUCCUGAAUUUGAUCCAGAAUUACUAUAGAAUAAGAGAAUAGAAUUUAGAGUUAAGGAAAUUAAUGGUUAAUAAGUGAUAGAGGAGGUUGUGGUAGAUGUAGAGAGUGGAGAAGUAAUCAAAAGUAGGGCCAGAUAAAGUGAUCCCCAAUAAGAAAUUAUGUUGGAAUAAGAAGAAUUGAUUAAGUAGAUAAAAUCAAAGGAACAAACUAUAGAUGAAAAUGAAUGGAUUGUGGCUAAGUAUGGAAAUUAGAAGGUUAAGGUAGUUUAGAAAUCAGAUGAUGUUACUUAAUAUGAAGUUAAUACUGCAUAGGCCAAAAAGAUUGUUAGAGUGAAAUCAGUUGAUGGGAAUAAGCAAUUGGAAGAGGAGUGGAUAGCUCAAUAGGCAGAUGGAAAACAUUAGUAUAAAGUAUAUUAGCAGAAUGGAUAAUUGUUAUAUGAGGACAAGGGAGAAUCGGUAGGGAUUAGAUUGUCAGCAAAGAGAUUAGAUCAUAAGGAAUCAAUUAUAGAGGAGAGGACAACGGAGAAUGGUAGUGUAAUGAGAAUAUUGGAGAAAUAAAAAUAUGGUUAGGAUACAUUAAAGAUUAUCAAAAGAAAUAGUCAGCAUGAAGUUGUGGAAUCUAUUACUAAGUAGGUUUUGAAAGAUGACAAUGGGGAAAUGUAUUAACAUGAGGAAGAAGUGAAAGAAGGAGGACUCAAAAUUAUGAGAAAGAUAUAUGUGAAUAGUGAUGAUUAGAGUAAGAAAAUAGAUGAAAUCACUAUUCAUCCAAAUGGACGAAGAUCUAGUAUUGUAUUGAAGCAAUACAAGGACAAAACUGAAGCUGUGUUUAAUGAUGAAUAUGGAGAUGAAAUUCAAGUGACCAAAUACACAUAUAUUAAUGAAAAGGGAUAAUAAGUUGAAUGUCAAAGAAAAAUGAAUAUGAGAACUAAGGAAGUGUAAAUGUAAAAGACUUUUAAAAAUGAAGAUGGUAAAUAAACUAUUGAAACUGUUAUCACUUUGGAUGGUUUGGAAAUAGGCAAGCAAGUCAUCAUUUAAGUUGGACCUAAUGAAAGAAUUGAAAGAAUUACCAAGAAUGGAAAGACUAUUGAGUAAAAGGUGUUAGUUGAUGAACAUGGCUAAGAGUCUAUCCAUAUGGUUGAUCAUGAAAAUAACAUGAAAAUUCAGACAACCAAUUUUACUAAGAAUUCUGUUGAAUAUCAAUAGUAAACUAUUAAUCUGUCUAAUGGUGCUAAAAGACAUAUUCAUUAGAGGUCGUAUUUUGAUGAGAAUAAUGAGAAGAUAGUCGAAGAAGAUAGAGUUGAUGAAUUUGGUCAAAGGAUUCUAAUUAAAAAGAGAAUCAAUGCUCUAGGUGAAGAGAUUAUUCAAGAAUUUGAAGUGGUUGAGAAUGAUGGACUUAAUCCGGAAUUACGAUAAAUUAGACAAUCAUAGAAAAGAUUACCACGAGCAGAGUUGUAAUCUGUUGUUGUAAUAGAUAUUGGAAUUCAGACUGAAGGUUAAAUACCAUUAUUCACACAAACUUAAGAGUAAUUUUAAUAGAAGAAGUAGAACUCUCAGAUUAUUAUUGAUAAACCUGAUUUCAAUGAAUUAGACAAAGAAGCAUUUAAGAAACUCUAAUAAGGAAAAGCCAAGAAUGACCCAUAAUUUUAAGAGGCAGUCAAUUAAAUUAAAAAGUUCUUCAAUAAAGGUGAUGGAGAAGAAUUAAAGUAAGAAGAAUUCAAUGAAUAUUUAUCGAAGUUGAGAUAAAAUCAUUAAAGGUAAUGUGGUGAAUAAUGUUCUCAUUUAUUAAGAUUUUAUGCAAAAUUAGGUUUCUUGAUUUAAAAAUCAGCUUUGAAUAGACAAGUUUACAAAUUACAAAAGGUCUAAUUGUAGGCUAAAGAAUCACUUUGA